AUGCCUCGCCUGGAUGAACAUACCGAGGAGAUUCUACGAGACGCCGAGCAGGGCGUGCGCAAAAAGACAACAACAGCAUGGGACAGCUUCAGCAACUUCGCGCUGCGCGACAACGUGCUUGAAAUAGCCGUAGGCCUCAUCGACAUUAUCCUCCCCAUCAUCUCGCUCCUGCCGUUCCUCGCCCGCAACCUCGACGAGAAGUUUGCCAUCCUCAAACACGGUCCUACAUACAACGGCACCAUAUCCAACGGGUACAAUACCAUUGAACAAGCCUUGUCAGACGGCGCGGUCGUGUUCGCGUAUGGCAGCUUUCUGGACAAGGUUGUGCGGUUCAUUGCGAUUGCGCUGGCGCUUUGGGUCAUUGCGUUGGGGUAUAGUAGGGGUAGUGGGGAUAAUAUUGUGAAGAAGCAGGUCAAGUGCAAGUUUUGCAGGAAAUAUAUUAGUGAGAAGGCGAAGCGGUGUGUGAAUUGUACGAGUUGGCUUGAUGGGAGGGAGGAGAGGGGGUGA